AUCCCUGGGAAGCAGGAACCAAAGCAAUGCCGCUCCAUUUCCAAGGGAACUCUGAAAUAAGUAUUAUGUAUGGUACAGAGAGAGGUGAUAGCUGAAAUUAUUCGAUGAUGUAUUUGUUCACAGGGAAACCCUCCUUUAUACCUCAAUUACUCCCUUCUUCUUCUUCUUCUUCUUCGAAUUCUACUUCGUCGUCAUGUUCAACAUCUCUUGUAUCUUUCCGAACUAUUUCUGACUCAUCAAUUAGCUUUCCCAGAAAUGCAAAGCAUAAAAGAAGAUUUGCUUUGAGAGUUAAAGCAUAUGAUUCCUCCAAAAAUGACACUUCUAACCCUGCUGGCGACUCCAAGCCCCCCAAUGGCACUCUGUCAAAGAGCAGGAGAGAAAUUUUACUGGAAUAUGUUAAGAACGUGCAGCCAGAAUUUAUGGAAUUGUUUGUGAAAAGAGCACCUCAACAGGUUGUGGAUGCAAUGCGACAAACAGUGACAAAUAUGAUUGGAACAUUGCCCCCUCAAUUUUUUGCUGUAACAGUUACCACUGUAGCUGAAAACCUUGCACAGCUCAUGUACAGUGUCAUGAUGACUGGGUACAUGUUCAGGAAUGCGCAAUACCGUUUGGAGUUGCAAGAAGGUUUGGAAAAGGUUGCCCUUCCUGAUGUGCAUGAUAAAAAGGAUAUGCCUGACUAUGCACCUGGUACACAGAAGAAUGUUUCAGGUGAAGUCAUUCGGUGGAACAAUGUUUCUGGGCCCGAGAAAAUAGAUGCUAAAAAGUACAUUGAAUUACUUGAAGCGGAGAUUGAGGAGCUGAAUCUCCAAGUUGGGAGACAAUCUAGCAAUGCACAAAAUGAACUGUUGGAAUACCUAAAAUCUCUUGAGCCUCGAAAUUUGAAGGAGUUGACUAGUAGUGCUGGGGAGGACGUUGUGUUUGCAAUGAACACAUUUAUAAAGCGCCUACUAGCUGUUUCAGAUCCUAGCCAAAUGAAGACUAGCGUGACCGAGACUAGUGCAUCUGAACUUGCCAAACUGCUUUCUUGGUUGAUGGUGGUUGGGUACAGCAUUCGCAAUAUUGAAGUUCGUUAUGACAUGGAGAGAGUACUCGGCACUCCUCCAAAGUUGGCUGAAUUGCCGCCAGGUGAAAAUGUUUAAGCAGUGUUGAUAAAGUCAAUCAUCAAAAAUACUGCUGUCCCCAAGUUGGAGCCAAGUUCCCUAACUAGAUUUUGCACUUUUUAGUUGAUUGGCUGAAGGCCCAGUCAUGACCUAAAGGAGAAGGCUGCAUUUUUCAGAGGCCCUGAACUAUUGGUCUGCUAAUAGUAUUUUAUUCAGUUAUAUUCACAAGAUUCUAUCUUUUGGUUUUUAUUUGAUUUCUUUGACAGUCUAAGUCCUGAACUAUGGGAUUGGUUCUUGUUUGUAUAUCUUUAUUAUAUAUCUUAUCAAACUCCCAUUUUGUAGGUGCAGCACAGCUACUUAUUUAUGUGGUAGCUAUAAACGUUUUAAUCAUAUUU